AAAAGAACCAAAGAAAUCAGAUAAUAUUAAAUUAAAAAAUGGCAGGGUUUCUUCUAGCUACCAUCCCUACAUCCAAUUUGGCUACUCCUUUUACAACAUCUUCGGGAAGCAAAACCCAUCCUUUUUUAUAUCCAAUGAAGAACCUUGCUUCCACAAGAUUCCCUAAUCUUACACCUCUACACGUGGCAACCUCUCCAUCAUCAGCAGCAGAAGGAAAUUUAGAUCAGAAACACGAAGAGUUUAGUGUAAGAGAUGAAUUCGGUGAAGAGAGUUCAGAGUCUAAGUUCUCAUGGAAAGAUCAUUGGUACCCGGUUUCCUUGGUUGAAGAUCUGGACCCAUCUUUACCCACACCGUUUCAGCUUCUGGGUCUUGACUUGGUGCUUUGGUUCGACAGAGGAAGCAAUCAGUGGGUUGCCUUUGAUGAUAAAUGCCCCCACAGGCUUGCUCCUUUGUCAGAAGGGCGGAUAGAUGAAAAUGGGCACUUGCAAUGUUCAUAUCACGGAUGGUCUUUUGCUGGAUGUGGAUCUUGCACUAGGAUUCCUCAGGCUGCGUCUCAAGGUCCCGAAGCUCGUGCGAAUCGAUCUCCGAGAGCAUGUGCCACUAGGUUUCCUACAAUGGUGUCUCAAGGCUUGCUUUUUGUUUGGCCUGAUGAGAAUGGACAGGAAAGAGCUGGUGCUACCAAGCCCCCCAUGUUGCCUGAUGACUUUAACAAACCCGAAUUCGCAACUGUGAACAUUCAACGUGAUCUGUUCUAUGGUUACGAUACCCUCAUGGAGAACGUCUCCGAUCCUUCCCACAUUGAUUUUGCUCAUCACAAGGUUACUGGGAGGAGAGACAGAGCGAAGCCUUUGCCGUUUAAGGUGGAGUCUAGUGGCCCUUGGGGAUUUGGUGGAUCAAAUGAGGGUAACCCAAAGAUCAGUGCCAAGUUUGUUGCACCUUGCUAUUAUAUGAAUAAAAUAGAGAUAGACACAAAGCUUCCAAUAGUUGGUGAGCAGAAAUGGAAAAUAUGGAUAUGUUCAUUCAAUGUACCCAUGGCUCCAGGGAAGACACGAUCGAUCGUUUGCAGUGCACGAAACUUCUUCCAGUUUUCCGUGCCUGGGCCUGCCUCGUGGCAGAUUGUCCCUAGAUGGUUCGAACACUGGACAUCAAACAAAGUUUAUGAUGGAGAUAUGAUUGUACUUCAAGGCCAAGAAAAAAUAUUUCUUUCAAAAUCAAUGGAGAGUUCCAAGGACAUCAAUCAGGAGUACACAAAGCUCACAUUUACACCCACACAAGCCGAUCGAUUCGUCUUGGAAUUUCGGAAAUGGCUAAGGCGACAUGGAAACAGUCAACCGGAAUGGCUCAACACCACCAUCCAACAACCUCUCCCGUCAAUAGUGUUAUCAAAACGCCAGAUGAUGGAUAGAUUCGAGCAACACACACUCAAGUGUUCAUCAUGCAAACAGGCUUACACGUCAUUCCAAACAUGGCAAAAGAUCUUAAUCGGUACAACAGUUGCAUUAUGCGCUUCAGCCGGCAUCCCAUCUGAUUUCCAGCUCCGGGUUGUUUUAGCAGCGCUUGCAGUUGUUUCGGCUGGUUUGGCAUUUGCAUUGCAUCAACUCGAGAAGAACUUCGUUUUUGUUGAUUAUGUACAUGCUGAAAUAGAUUGAAGCAAGUUUGAAACCAAAACAUUGAGAAAUUUCCGGUGUAUGUACAACAUAUUUAGAAAGGUCUAAUUACAGAUUGAAUCCUUCUGCAUUGAUAUCUGAAA